UGCAAAAGUGCUACCUUUACAGUUAUUUCAGUUGCAUGGAUUACAGUCGCAUCGCAACGGUUCCAAAGAAAGAAGUCAUAGUGAACAAAGCAUCGACCAAAGUGAAAUAGUGCCAUUAUGACUAUUAAGUCAUUUCACCAUCUGCAGUAGUUUGAACUUACCCGUUAAUUGACGUGAUGAAUUGUGAAGUAGAAGUAAAUGUCAUUGAUUCGAUAACGGCUUUUGUGCAGCUGUACUGAUGGGCACUCCCGCCGUCUAAGAACAAGAAGAGCAAGAAAAACAAGUGAAAAGAAAACCUACCUAUUGACGGGGAAAAAUAUCUAUGGCAGCGCAGAUCCAGUCCGCUCCUGGCAGUGGGAAUAACAUUCCCGGCAGCUCCGGCAGCAAUUCAUCCCUUACGAAUGUGCACUCCGACGAACGAUUGGUGGUCGCUGUAAGGAUACGACCACUCAACGAUGGUAACGAGUCAAACUGUGUGCAGGUGGCUUCCCACCGGACGUUGCUGUUCGACGAAGGAAAUAGGAACAAACCGAAAAAGUACAACUACGACUAUGUGUUUGGUGAAAAAUCGACUCAGGAGGAGGUAUAUAAAACGACCACGACUUCCCUCGUGCAGGACGUGCUGAAUGGGUACAAUGCGGCGGUGUUUGCCUACGGAGCAACGGGAUCCGGCAAAACACACACCAUGCUGGGUCCGAACCCAAAACGGGCGGCCGCCGCUUCCGACCAAGGAGACAACACAACAGUCGCUUCCGCCAAAUCGCAACAGGACAGCGGUCUGAUGAUCAAAGCCGUCGCGGAUAUAUUCAAAUUCAUCGAAGCCGCCGAGAAUCCGGAUAACUUUAAGAUUUCAUUAUCCUAUUUGGAGAUUUACAAUGAGUUGAUCAGAGACUUGCUCAAUCCUGGUGGUCCACUCGAGUUACGUGAAGAUAACAAAGGUAAUCAACUGGUAACCGGGCUUUCGGAAAUAUCCACUACUUCCCGCCAAGAAGUCAUCCAGCUACUGAUGAAGGGAAACAAGGCCCGUACGGUGGAACCGACUGCGGCCAACCAGACCUCAUCGCGUAGCCACGCCUUACUCAGUAUUACCGUGCUCAAUCAGACGCCGAUCGGAACCAAGCAGGGCCGUCUUUUCCUAACGGAUCUGGCUGGAUCCGAGCGGGCCCGGAAAACCAAGAAUCGCGGCAAACGUCUUCAAGAGGGCGCUCAUAUAAAUCGCAGCCUACUGGCGCUCGGUAAUUGCAUCAACGCUCUAGCAGGCGGUGCUCGGUAUGUCAAUUACCGGGACUCUAAGCUGACUAGAUUGCUCAAAGAGGCGCUCAGCGGUCGCUGCAAGACGGUCAUGAUUGCGCACGUUGCUCCGGAAGCAAAGCAUCGAGACGAAACCAAAAACACGCUUGUCUAUGCAGAUCGAGCGAAUCAUAUCACAACUCGACUGCAGAACCCAACCAUCCUGGAGGAAAAUCGAGAGCUGCCCAUCGCACAUUAUCAAGGCAUGGUUGCCGAACUGCGCGAAGAGGUCAGCAGAUUGAAGAACAAAAUGCUAUCGGAUCGUCCGCGGAGCGGAGCAGCCCUCCAAAGGCAACAGCAGCCGUCGGAUCAGGGCAGUUCAUCCGAGGAGCAGCAGAAGAAAAUGGAACUCAAAUAUCUGAGGGAGCAAAUCGUGCAAACGUUCAAGCAGCAGAUGAGACUUCGGCGAAGGCUUCUGGAGGCGGACAGCCAUCUGCUGGGGUUGGAACUGGAUGCCGAACGGCAGCACAUGGUCAUCUCACACUGGCAAAGUCGGCAAGGCAAGCUGUACGAUCGGAUGGAAGAGGACGAUGUUCUUGUAGAUUCCGAUUCCGAGGGAAAUUCGGCGCUGCGGUCGGCCUGGAAUGAGCUAUCGGCUAUCGAGAAGGAGGUGAAAAGAUACCGCGAAAUACGGAUUGCAACUGAGCAUGAUUUGGAGGAGUGCAGAAAGAGAGGAGUCGCGCUGGAAGAUGAACUUCCGGAGAGAAUCAGCAGUGACGAAGAACGGGAACUGCUAUCCCUACUGUGUAGGGUUCACGAGCUAGAAGCAGAUAAGGUUUCACUGCAAGCGGAACGAUUGGCUCGCCAAGCAGAACUUAGACGUCGAGACUUACAGUUGUUACGAGCAGAACGUCAAAGGCGAUUGUGUGAAGAUAUAAUAAGUACCCAGCGCAGAAUUAUUGAAGAAGGAAAAGUAGAACUUCCAGAGGAUCUUCGGGAACUGUAUGCUCUCUAUCAGCAGGAGAUUCACGCCAGUACUUACAACAGUGGUCUCUACACAGCUAAUCGGGAUUAUUAUGACAGCAAGCUACCUCCGAUACAUCACCGAGAGCGAGGCAUGACUUCACCCGGCAGCUCCAGUUCCAGCUCGGAUUGGUCUCCUUCGCCCCUGCCGCCGAUUGACGCCGAAGGGAACCUCAUCAAUCCGGACCGGGUCAUGGGACCCCCCGUGGGUCCCAAGUUGCCCUCGAUCAAUCGUUUACGCAGCAGCUACGGCAGCACUCAGAGCACAUCCAGUGACGAUUGAACAGUGGUUGGUUAUUGCACCACCAUAGGGAAGAUUUCUUUCCGACGACCGUGGUUUGAAACAUUAAUAAACGUUACAUUUGAACUCGAGAA